AUGACAGUGACAUUGGAUUCCCCACCUCGUUCUAAGGUGUUUGAAAAGCAGUUGGAUGAACAUUUAUUGAUCAAAUUAAGAUACUUAACGGCGGCCGGCAGUAGUAGCAGCAACAUUGGCGGCAGCGGUAGUAACAGUAGCAGGAGCACCACCACUUCCACCACUCAAACAUGCGAACUCACUUUUCAAAAUACAUCUGAAAAUGAGAUUGUGAUUAACCCCGAAAGGCCCACGUCUGAGAGUACCAGCUGGUUUCCGAGUAUAUUCAAGACCACAGACUCAAGCGAGCUGAGCAAGAUGUUGAAUAAAAACAAUGAUAAAACAGUAGAGCUUUUUCUUGGGUAUGUUCAAAUCUUUGGUUAUGUUGUUUUGAAUUAUAAGUUUAAUCUAGAUACAUCGACUUUAGAAAUGAACAGACACCACCAAUGGUGGAAUAAUGCACACUACCUUGAUCAAUAUGCUCACAAGGAUGACAAGGGAACCGAGGAGAAGGAUGACGAGUGGAAAAUCGAAACAACACCUUUUAUACUUCAACAUAUAGAUCAAAAAAUAAAAGUAGGAGGCAAGUUAGCCGGGGUAACAGAUUUAGCCAUGGAUCUCCCCGACAACGCGACUACAAAUAAUGCCAGCCUUCUUUUUGAUCUCAUUGGUAAUUUCAACACCCAUUCGCUGUCAAAGGAUGCACUCCCACUUAAUGAAUUUGUCGAUUCAAUUGUUCCAAUAUAUGCAACUCCUCAAUCGCUAAUUUUCACUAAUGUGGCCCUUGCCAAAGGUUCGUCUCGUACGUUUCGGUUCCAAAUACCAAUCAAUGACCGUCUACCGCCAAGUUACAAUACGAGACUGACGGGAAUAGCGUGUGAUCAAGGAUGGACGAGUAUCAGAUUCUCUUUGGUGGUUAGUUUACACCAAGAUAGUCUAACAACCAGACCAAAGACAAUAUACUUUCCUUUACAAAUCCGACUUCCCAAGCACCCUUCAAGUAAAUUUUUACAAAAGAUUAUCUUUGGAGACAGGAUAGGUUUAGAUAAGGAUUGGACUAUUUCAGAUGCAACAAAGUCGGUUGCUGCUGAAGAAGUGAGAUCAAAGAAUUCGGCCAAAAAGGAUUUUUUACUUGAUCUUUCAUCUUUGAUAGAUUCAGAUUUGUACAAUAUGCCAAAGGUUUCCACUAGUGAACGACGAAGAAGCAGUACCAACAAUUUACAUACAGAGGCACAUGGUGACUACAUAACGCAACUUCCCUCGCAUUUGAAAACUCUGUACUUUUUGAAAGUUAAUAAUAAGGACUUGUGCAAAAUCUCGAUUUCCAAACCUUACUAUAAUAUAGGCGAUGACGUUCACUUUAGCAUUGAUAUGGAUCUAAAAGGUGCUAACAAAAUCAUUGGAGUUAAUGGAUAUUUGGAGACUUGUGAGGUAUACCACACACCAGCAAAGGAAAUCAAGAAUGUUUACAAAGCUACGGGGAAUGUAAAACUAAACCUUUUAGCCUCAGCUAUGAGCAACAUAUCCUCGUCAUGUAUAGUUAAUGACUACCUCAACAUCCCAAAGUUUCUUUCACCACAAUUUCAAAGCACAGCUUUUAUGGAUUUAAAGUAUUUUUUGACAUUUCAAUUUAACUUUGCAAAUUUUUCCUUAUUGAACAAAGAGAAUCCGGAUCUUGGCAAAGCUUUUGCACCCGGAAAAAUACUCAGAGGAGAGAUGGUGGGUAGCACGUACACAUUUCGCGUUCCUUUUGUUGCUCAAUCGCAAUAUAUCAGUCCUGCUUCGGAUCCUUUGUCAUUAGAUGUUACUCCUAGAGAUUUGACAGAUUUGUACCAAAUACAGGAGAGGGAUCUAGCUUCAUUUGUCGGAGGUUUACUAUCGGAGAUCAAUGUUACAUCAAUUGUGGACUCGAUAAAUUUUGACGAAAUUGCAGGAUGGGUGAAUGGGUUAUUAACCGAGAAUGACAAUGUCAAAUAUUUAGAUUAUAUUUUGGACUUUUUGGGCAGUACAAAUUUGGUUCCCGCUGCUAUAAGUUUUAUCGUUUCCAAUAAUGCAACUAGAUCCAUUGCUUAUGAUGUAGUAAUUGAAUUAUUAGGAAUCAGUUCACAGUUUGAUCUUACUCCAGUUUUUGUGGCUUUGAAAAAUUCCGGGUUGGCUUAUACCUUAAUUGCUGAUUUAAUUGAAAAUCCAAACACUUUGCCUUUUGUUAUUAAUGUUCUUAAAGAUACAUUGAGUGGUAGUUCGAUUGGAGAAAUUUUAGGCGGUAGUGGAGGAAGUGGUAGUGUAAGUGCUGCUGCUGUUGCUUCUCAAAUCACAUUUGCUACUUCUAAUGUUGUUGGUAAUUCUGCUGGUUCUGGUUCUGCAAGUAGUUUAUACUUUGGAGAUGCGCCUGGCUCUGUCAACACUAACGAUAUCAAUACUGCUAGUAUUGCGCAAUUAAUUUCUGAAGCUGCUCAACAAACAGAAGGCGGGGCUACGACUACUAUUGGAGCUACCAAAACAGAAUCAGUACCAGCCGCCUUGAGUAAUGCUGCUGCAUCAUUUAUCACAAGUGCAGCUGCUGCAUUAAGUACUGGCGAGGUAACUUCCUACGAUUUUGCAACCUUGACGGGACCUGCAUUCCAGUCGCUUCCACCAUCGCAAUUUGGUGAGGGCCCAACAACCAUCGACUACUCAGCUUUGGGCCAACUCACAGCUGUUAUUGGUGGUAGUGGUAGCCAAAAGAGAGAUGCAGUAUAUAAAGUAUUAGAGGAGAUCAAUAAAAGACAAGAAGAAAAAACUGCACAGGACGAAGUUGAAACAUCCUUGAUGAUCAAGAGGGAUGACGAGGUUGAAACAGCAUUGAUGAAGAUGAAGAGGGACAACAUUGAAGAUUUGUUGACUACUAUUUUUUCGUCGAUUGUUAGAUCCAACUUGUUAAACGAUACCAUUCAAUACUUGGUUACCGAUGAGAAAUUUGAAGGCUCGGUAGUAUACUUGUUACAAGGUAUCUUUCAAAACAUUGGUUCUACUUUAAGUGGUGUUUUAAGCACCGACUGGUCAAAGAUUGUGCCAUUGGUGAAACAAUUGUUGAACUCUGGUUUAUUGACUGAUAUUAUCACAAGGGCUUUCAACGAUGAAGAUUUAAAAAAUGCUUUAUACAGAGAUAUUCAAUCCCUUUUCAAGAGGGAUUUGAUUGCUAGAGACCAAGUGGUAUCGGCUUUCACAUUGAAUGUCGUCACCACAACUACAGCUUCCAACUACAAUGUCAACUCUACUUCGGCAUCCUCAGUUGUCAAUGCUACCGUUUCAACAAUUGAUGCUGUGAAUGCCGGUUCUCCAGCUUCACUCAACUUUGUCCCAAUAGUACUUGGCGCUAUUGGGUUCUCAGCCUUGGUAUUAUAA